AUGGACAGUCUUGGUCUGCAGGCCCGAGCGGCGGGCAACACGUCGCCGGAGGCUGCUUUUGCAUGGGCCAUCAUGCAGAGGACCUCAGGUGGCUCGUCCUCGUCCUCCACCUCCAGGACUUCUGCGAAGGCCUCGCGAUCGCUUCAUAGCAUGGGCCCAGGUGAGGCCGGGGUCUUUGCAAACGCCGCAACAGUGGAGCUUUGCAUCGCGUCCGCGUGCCUGGGCUUGGCAGGUCGUGAACUAACUCGCCGAAGACGACAUCGAACUACUCGACAGGCUAUGGGCAAACUCGUGCGACCACCGCUGCCGCCGUACAUGCAAGCAGAUAGCCAGGCGCUGCUGCCUUCCACCUCCCAGGACAUCUAUGUUCACCCAGCUUCUCGUGGGGUGGAACAUGCUUUGACGAGCGAUUCACUCAGGACGCUGUGCAAAGCCCUGGCGUCGGCAGCCGGCUCAUUCUUGUCGAAUCCGGAGAAAGGGCUCGACAGAACUCGAAGACCGAAGAUGGAUCCGACCUUGACAAUCAGGGCGUUACUUCGAUACAGCGAGUUGCGACAUACAUCUGGUGACGAUUUGCAGCCCCAAGACUACCUCGGCGAAAGCGGCCAGGGCCUUCGCGCUUUACUCAAGCACUGCCGGAACUACCAGCUGGAGGUGGCAUCUGCUCUGGAGUCGCGAGAGGAGGACACGGUUCGGAUGAUCCGGGCAUUCCACGACCAGGUGGAUUUGGUGAAGAAGUACCUGCCCUUUUUCCGCACGACCAUCGAGAGGUCCUUCCCUGCUCUCCUCAGGCAAACCGUGGAGCCGAUGCCCCGGCUGAUCAGCUUCCUGGAUUCCUUUGGCGAGGUGCAGCUGAGCUUCCUGUACGAAGCUGCAAAAGACAAGGUCUUCAAGGCGCGCUUCAGCGAGAUGCAGCCACGCCACCUCCUGGAGGUCACAGACAAGUGGGUCAGCAAAGCUCGCAGUGGCGAGCUGGCCAUCGUACAGUCGCACAAGGCCAAAGUGGUGGUGCGGCAUGUCGCCAGCCUGGACAUCUCGCUGUCCCCGCAAGAGAGAGCCGUCUGGAUGAGCCUGGCAAUCUGGGGCUCAGUUCUCGAGACGUCGCCAGAAGUGGAGCUGAUCGAGGACCGCAUUCGCAAAGGUGCCUUGACUCGCGGCGAUCCGGUGGAGAUGCUUUCUUUGGCAGAGGGCAUGAGUGACAUUCAUGGCUUCAGUGGUGAGAUGUUUGACAUGAUACAGGCCCCGAUCAACCAGGCCAUGCUGCGCAUGGGCCCAGAGAGGGCAUCGCAGGCAUUGGCCUCGCUGACCUUCAGAACAGGCUAUCUCAAAAAGCCCGCUGACAAGGCACUGGCUCGUCUUCUCAAGCCAGAAAGACUCGUAAAGAAAGUUUACAAAUGGAAAAGAGGAGAUGACCGGUACUUCCCAAAAAUAAAGAAGAAGGAUCCUCCGAAGCCAAAGAAGCCGAAGGAGGCUCUUGCCGGUCUGAUCGUCAAGGUCCUAGGCUUUUUCACCGAGAACAUGCCCUUGACUGCUCUGGAGUACGUCCUUGCCAAGUGGGUGCGGAAGAAUUUCCGCCUGGAGGCAUGCUACGAGGUGGCCAGUGACCACCUCUUUCGGAUCAUUGUUGGAGAGGAGAACCUCGUGGAUCCCGAGAGAAACGAGGAGGACGUUCUGGUUCCGCCGGGCUCUUUCGCCAGAUGCGGCCAGCACUUGGUCGGACUAGGUUUGCCGGGCUACACCUUUGCACCUGCAGUGGAUUGGCUUCUCUGCCACCAGGUCGGCUGGACGGAGAAGAAGGCCUUCCCUGAAGAAGUCGUCGCAGAGGAUGCAGCCUCACUCGAGGAUGCGACGAAGCGGAGGCGCGCUGCCGCAACGAAGCUUGUGGAGUCCUCUCUUCCUUUGCUCAGCCAUUUGUGGCCUGACCACACCGUGGAAGGAGAAACCGAGGAUGCCAGCAUGGAGGAGUUCUCAUUGCAAAAUGCGGACGAGCUGCUGCGGCUCGUCGGGCGAACAGAGGACAGAAAGGGCAGAAAGCGCAAGGCAGACGUGGCAGCAGACGAGCUGGUAGAGCGCCUUUCAACGCAGCUGAUGUUCGAUGAUCUCCCCCAGAGGGCCGAGACGGCCAUGCGUGCAUGGCGAGAAGAUCAGCCUGAAACCUCGCUUAGCACAUUGGUGGCACCUCUGCUGCUCGAGGCAGCGCGCGUCGGUGCGGAAAGAGGCAUGCCAGAGCAGCGGCCCGUUGGUGUUCUGUCGCGGUCUGUGUCGCUGCUAGCCCAAGCCAUCAACAUGGAGGAGCUUAGUCUGGAAUCCGCGGAGUGGGCGCUGAUUCCCUUCGAAGCCGCAGAAAGCAGCGACGAAGCUAUCUCACUGGUGGCUGCCUCCUGUGCUGUGGGUGGCGUGCCAGAGGACGUCAUGGCUGAAACCUGCACAGCGUGGUUGGACUUGGGCUGUGAGCCGGGAAGAAUCGGGCACCAGCUUGCUCGGACUGCCUUGCAGGUGUGGGAGCGAGAAGGAGUUCGCGACAAAGGCCUGGCACAGCUCCGAAAGGUGCGUAGCUAUUUGGAAGCCCAGCUGGACAAGAUGGCAGAUACACAACUCAACUACGGCAGCCAUGGCACGACUGGCUACAGCUGUCCACCCCUGGCGCUUGCUGUGGAGGAUCUGGUGCAGCCCUCGACUCCAGACUGCCACCCUCAUCGCCUUCGCCAUUCGCAGCACGCAGCCUUGAUGAUGUCUGCACUGUCCAUGGACCAGCUCUGGCGGACGUCUACCCGCCACCAUGCACCCCGCCGAUACAAAGCGUACAUGAGACUGCUUUCCACCCUCAUGGAGCUGGAGUGCAUCGCAGCAUUCAGCGGUUGCUUUCCUGGUGGGUGGGAGCACGAAGCCAGAGUCUCGAACAGAGCUUGCGACUUUUUCCGGACAGAAGUGUCGAACGUGCUUGCUAUUGACAACGAGACUGAAGCACGGACUGCAUAUCAGCAGGCUGGUAUCAACGCGAUCGUGGACGAAUCCAGUUUCGCGGCUCACCCAUGCUACGGCCAUAACCUCCAAGUCGGCCAUACAGCCAAGUAUGAGGAGCACAUAUCCCUGAGGGUGAUGGCGCUCGCCUUGGGCAUCAAUCUUGAGAAGACACCCAGCUACUGGAUCCCAUCUUGGGAUACACAUGUCGAGCUCACCGGUGUACCUUGCGACACGGCGCAUUCGCUCUGGUGGCAUCUCGCCCUGCGUGCGCCUCUGCAGGUGAAUGCAGAAGGAUGGGUUGUGAAUGUGGGUGCUGGCGAUGGCUCGUGUGCCCAUGGAGCAGCCCGGGAAGUCUUCCAAGAUCUAGAUGUCUUCAAGGCUGCUGAUCCAGCGAACUGCUUGGUGCAUGCAGGCUUUCAGGGCAUUCUCUUUGAAGGUGAUUCCGAGAAGGCUGAACAUGUGCGGCAGGUGUUUGCCAAAAGGGAAGGCAUUUGGGUGGUCGACAAUACAACAAAUCCGUUUAAGGUGCUGAAGCAGGUUGUCGCUUAUCGUGAUAGCUUCGAUCUGCGAACGCAACCUUUGCUUUUGAAAGUCGAUGUCGAUAAUUGCGACUGCUGCUUCGUCAUGGCUCUGCUGGAGAGAGGUUUGCGGCCUCAACAUAUACACGUCGAGGUCAACUCCUUCGUUCCUCCGCCCAUCUUUUUCCGACCGGUGGAAUUCGACCACUCCAUACAAGGAGACUCAACGCUUGAAAUUGGUCCUGAAAGUGGCUUCAGGGGCCACAUGGUGCAUUGUUCACUUGCUGCCUUUGCUGAGCAGCUGGAGCCUUUUGGCUACAAGCUGGUGCAACUGUAUUUGCAUGAUGCUCAUUUCGCUCGACAGGAUGUGGUACAAGGGGAUGUCGGCGAAGCAGGAACAUCCCGACAGCUUUGGUACGAGAUUGAAGAUUUGGAACUGGCAUGGAAUGCGGGCUUCUACUGCCAUCCACUUCGACCUACUCAGCCCCUUGAGGUGGAAUACAAGAGGAUGUUCCUUUACGACUACCGUCAGUGGAAUGACAAGUCACUCUCCGUGGAGCUGCGUCUACGUUUGCUGAGAGAGUACUUGGACCGCUGGCAGAAGCCGCGGAGCAACUACGAGCUGCGAGUUGUGGGAAUUCCCGCCCGAACGGCCUCAUCCCUUCGGGGCGCCUUGGGUGGUCUGGCGGUUUUGCUCGAUGCGAUCGAUGGAAAACCUCCAUCCUUGUCUGAGCUUGCUAGAGCUAAGGAGGCAAUCUUAGCUGAAUUGGGCGGAAAAGGAAUGGCAGCCUUGGCCGAUGCCGUGGCACUGUCCUGGUCCAUGGCCAUGCCUGGCUUGCGUCCCGCAGUGGCCGCACUGCACUUCGAGCAGUGGUGGAACGGUCAAGAAAGCCGGCAAGAGUUGGUUGCUCAAAUUGCUGGCUCCGGACUACAGGAGCUGUCUUGGAACUUAAGUCUCAAGCUCAAAGCCACCUUUGCCAACAAGAAGCCCACGGAAUACGCAUCUCCAGCUUGGCGAGUGGAGGGCGUUCAGAAAGUCACUUGGUUUGUCCCAUCUGGAGUCGUGAAGGAAGCAAGCAAGGUAAAUCCAGUUGGCUUGAAGAAAGAUCGGAAGAAGCCUCCAGGCUUUAUCGGGUCGAAGACCGCAAAGAAGGGCGCCGAGGAGAAAAGCGGUGGACGGUGCAUGUACUGUGGCAGCACCCACAAGCUGCGGGCGAAGCACUUUUUUCCGACAGAGCUCGGCGGAACGGACUAUGUCUCCAAUGUCUCGAUGGUCUGCGAGCUUUGCUCAGACAUGCACGAAGCACUGGGUGCGAAAAGGUGGGGUGAAGUGCUGUCUGCAGAGCCAGAAGAGGCCGCGGAGGUUUGGUGGGAGGCGCAAAAGAAGGCCAGCAUGCAAGCCGUGGGUUUCUUGGGCCAGCCUGAGUAG